AUGAGCAAUAUACGAGAGCAGCUCCUAUUAGGCCCAGGCAUGCGUCGCCCGCGAAGCAGCUUGCAGAAGCGCCAGGCAGGGAGAAUGCGCAACAGCGUGUAUAGGCUCCUGAAGAGCGGAAUGCCGUGCUUGUACGUCGUCGACGGAGCCACCGCACCUCCCUCCGUACCACCAGCCGCCGACCCGCCUCCCUCGGUCUCGUAUACGCUCGAGGUCGUGCUCGUGUCUCCUGUUCUCGCCGAGCUGGAUGAUGCCGUGGAGCUGGCUGCGGAUAUAGAUGGUGAGGAAGAUGCAGAGUCAGGGGAGAAGGCGAGGGUCCAGCUCUCGAGGAGGACGAAGCGCCUAGUGGGCUCGACGCGCACGCGGGACGAGUCCAGGGCGUGGUAG